CGUCUCACUCAUCUGAAUCUUUUGAUUCUUCUCUCAUUCUCUGCAUUCUCACUUCCCAGUUCCCAUUCACUUUCGUUUAGGGUUUCAUACUUUCAUUUUUCGUCGCCGUCGUCGAUUGCCGCCCAUCGCUCGCUCGCGGACCUUUGUGAGUCUGUGACAACCCUCGCCUCGCGGUGUUGCCGUACCUUCGUCAGUUCGCUGUUCGCCCAUCGCUCUCUCGCUCGAGUCGCUCGCCGUUACAGUGGUUUCACUUUCGCCGACUGCGGCCCAUCACUCGCUCGUUGCUUCAGCUUCACGAACCACGGAACGAGAUUAUCCGACCUGAUCUGCUUUGUCAGGUCUACCCAGAUCCAAAAGUCAAAACCCUAAUCGUUGGCGACUCAGAAACCAAUUGCAAUGGCUGAUCCCACCUCAUCUCAGGCUCCGUUCUCACCUCUAGCUGAGGCUCAAAUGACUAUUGAUGGCUCAGAGCAGGACAAGGCCCUCUCCAAUUCUGAGUUCCUGACUCGCCGGGAGGUGUUGACCCGGCGGUCCCGCCGAGUGAAGCAGCUUUUGCGGAUCUACAAGAUUCUUUACUGGCUGCUAAUGGAGGAACUCAGGGCCAGGUACAAGGAAUACUACUGGGAAUAUGGCAAGAGCGCCUUCAAAGAGGACGAGAAUAAGAAUGGCAGUUUCAAUGCGAAUUGUACGGACAUUAUGGAAGUGAAUGGAGAGAAUGGGAAAUUAGGGUCAGGGCCAGAUGAAGGGGUGAGGAAGUGCGCUGUGGCCGGAUGCAAGACGAAGGCUAUGGCUUUGGCACGCUUCUGUCAUUCGCAUAUACUAUCGGACUCCAAGCAGAAGCUCUACAAGGGCUGCUCCUAUGUGGUUAAGAGUGCUCAGACAGGUCCCAUUCUCUGCGGGAAGCCGAUACUUAAAUCGACUGUUCCUGCCAUCUGUCCCACUCAUUUGCAAAUAGGUGAAAAACAUUUGGCACGAGCCUUGAAAAAAGCAGGCCUUAAUGUCUCCUCACCAAGUAAGGUUGCCCCCAAACUUCAUGUUUUAGCCAAAGAAUUUGUCUAUCAAAUUCAAGCUAAAAGAAGAGCUGCGAAAAAGGCAAGUGCAGCUAAAGUUGAGAUCAAAGAGGAGAAAGCUUCCUAAGGCUCGGGAGUUUGCUGCAUUUUUUGCGGUGGGGGUUAAUCAAGCUGACAGAUUUUCUAAUAUUAAGCUUUAGCUAUAUAUUUGAUUGGAUAGAGCGGUCUUAUGCCUUGGAAGACAGGUACUUUGUAAAUAUUCAAGGAGCCUUCGUACAUCUUCUAGGUACCUUCUUCCUUUUCCAUCAUCCUGCAUUUAUACAAGUAGAUCGAUUUGUAUUCAUGCAAUCCUCUCUCUUCCUUUCUUGAGCUCUCCUCUCCCCUGGCAAUUGAAAUUCAGACUAUUUGUGCAUAUAAUUGACUCUUUAAAUUUAGGCUGUUAUUUGACUUCA